AUGGCCGACAUGAGAUCCCAACAGAUGGACGUUAAGAGAGAAGAAUCUUGCGACAUCCCCCUCCCGAGCCGCGAGUUUAGCCGUGAGCUCUCCUUACCAUUCCGACCAUCCCCAGCCCUCUCUACUCGAUCACCUUCUGCGGCUUUCUCCAGCGACCUGGCUCCCAACAGAAGCGCUAGAAAGAUCACGGUUGACCCCGAGAUUCGCCGCGUUCAAGCAUACCUGAAGUUUCCCGGCUUCACCCUACCCGAUGUCAUCAUCAGCAACAAGGACAGGAAGUUCGUCACUCUCCUAGGUCUCAAAAGAGACCUUGUCGUCCCCAACUCUCCCGACCUUCCUAUUCACCCGGAUCACAUGCAGCACUCUGUUGCUCUGAAGGUCGAAGAGAUCUUCUGUGCUGCCAACGGAGUUCUGUACGUCAUGGGAAGAUCCAGAGUGACCAAUCGUCAACUUUGGGCAAAGGUUCAGCGCAUCCUGGCAAAGCGCAAUCCGGCCUAG